GACUUUCUGCACCGGCGUCGGGGCGCGGUUUUGGAAAAUGGGUGUCCGCGUGCAAGUUGUGGCUAUCCGGUUUCCGAUUUGCGUCUAGGUACUUUUAUUUGCCACUAAGCCGAUUUUGGAGAAGCGUUUCAGUGGCGUUCGGAGCUUUCUCACAGCCUCCCAGAGAACGACCUGGACCCUGCCCACUCGUGGACGUACUAAAGGCAUUCUCCUCGGCUACUGACUGGCAAGACUUCGCUGUAAUUCUGAAAGAAAAAAAAAGAAAAGAAAAAAAGUUUCCCAACAAUUUUCUUGGAUGACUUAAAACAGAAAAAAGAAAUGCCUAUUUUUCCUAAGAUAUCUUUGAGGCCUGAAGUUGAAAACUAUCUCAGAGAGAGCUUUAUUAACAAGGAGGUUGUGUCUGCGUCAAGCAAACAAGAAGCAGAACGGAAAUUUGAAACUCUUCUGAUUCACUUGUCACACCCGCCGUCCUUCACAACCGUCAGGGUGAAUACACAUUUGGCGUCAGUUGAGUACGUCAGAGGUCGGCUGCUGGACGAGCUUCAGAAGCAAUUCAGUGGAUCCAGCAUUCCUGUUCUUCAGCAUCCAGCCCUCCCAGACAUCUUACUCAUCCCUGUGACUGGACCGAGAAAGAAUAUAGAGCAACAGCAGUGUGAAGUGAUUGUUGGAGCACAGUGCGGCAAUGCAGUAUUGAGAGGGGCCCAUGUCUACGUCCCAGGAAUUGUGUCAGCAUCAAAGUUUAUGAAAGCUGGAGAUGUUAUUUCCGUAUAUUCUGAUAUUAAAGGAAAAUGUAAGAAAGGAGCCAAAGAAUUUGAUGGAACUAAAGUAUUUCUUGGAAAUGGGAUUUCGGAACUAAGCCGUAAAGAUAUCUUCAGUGGGAUACGCGAAGUGAAAGGUAUAGGCAUAAGAAUGACAGAACCAAUAUAUCUCAGCCCUUCCUUUGACAAUGUUCUACCGAGUUACUUAUUUUUACAGAAUUUGCCGUCUGCUGUUGUAGCUCAUGUUCUGAAUCCUCAACCUGGAGAGAAGAUUCUAGAUUUGUGUGCAGCACCUGGGGGCAAAACUACACAUAUUGCAACCUUGAUGCGGGACCAGGUCACCUUGAAUGUCAAGGUUUUGCCUGUGCACCCUGUUUGUCAAGUAGUCUACUGGUCACGCACAAAUGUGUUUUCAGUUCCCAUACAUGGAGAAGUAAUAGCACUGGAUAAAAUAUUGAAUAAAGUGGAAAAAUUAAAGCAGAAUGCUUCAUUAUUAGGGCUUCAUUCUAUCAAGGCGUUUUGCUUCGACGCAACAAAGGCACUUAAACUUGAUAUGGCUGAUGGCACAGAAGGGGCACCUCCAUUCUUACCAGAAUCUUUUGACCGAAUUCUUCUUGAUGCACCCUGCAGUGGAAUGGGACAGAGGCCAAACAUGGCCUGUACUUGGACUUUGAAGGAAGUGACAUCAUAUCAGCCACUACAGCGAAAACUCUUUAAUGUGGCGGUUCAGCUGCUGAAGCCAGGGGGAGUGCUGGUUUACAGCACAUGUACAGUAACUCUGGCAGAAAAUGAAGAGCAAGUUGCCUGGGCCCUUAGAACGUUCCCCUGCCUUCAGCUUCAACCCCAGGAGCCACAGAUCGGAGGAGAAGGAAUGGUGGGAGCUGGCCUGUCCCUGGAACAACUGAGACAGCUGCAGCGAUUUGAUCCAUCAGUUGUGCCACUGCAGAGCGUGGACCGUGAUUGUCUCCAAGAUGCCAAGAGAGAAGACGUGAUCUGGCUGGCCAACAGGGACUGUAUAGGCUUCUUUAUUGCAAAGUUUCUAAAAUGUAAAAGCACAGAGGAGAAGGUUUCUUGGAACUGAAAAUUCAGAAUAUUUUCUCUGUGUGUUGCUUUUUCUUACACCUAAGUAUUGUCAGGCCAGUGUAAUGAUGGGCGCGUUUGCUUAGGACACAGGAAGGUGCUAACGGAAGGAGCAGUGUGUUUAAGUAGCCCUGCAGAUGUCAGGGAGGCUGGGAAAACUUAAUCUGCCUUAUAUGAUACAAAAGGCAAGGAGGAAUUCCCUCUGGGUCUGGAGUAUAUUGUCAGUUUUAACUCAUAAAUAUUGUUUUUUCUAAUGCGAAAAAAAAAUAGUCCAAAGACAAAAGAAUAAAACUCUGAACUUUU